AUGGAAAACUCGCUUUACAAUAGUUUCCGCUGGCUAGACGAAGAUACAGACAUCGACUUAAGUCUGAACAACUACCAGCAGCAGGUAGCGACUCCGCAAUCAUGUCUCCCACCGAAAAGAAGGUCGUCUUUCAGAAGAACACUGUCAUUCAACUCAGUGAAUCUGUCUCGCAAGUCAGCCUCGUUGGCAUCUUAUGGAAAGACCCCAGUCUCUAGCCCAACCAUCGAAUCCCAACCUGUCUUCACAAAUAUUGCCAGCAGUCGCUCCUCUUUUUCCCAACCGACAAGUAAAAGCAAAUCCCGUCAUAUAUCGCAAUCUUCGACCUCCAGCAUUGAUCCUUCUGCACAAUACUACCACGACCCAGAAGCUCGCCUUAAGCUUCGAGUCUUCCUCGCAUCUCCACAGAAAUUUGAUGAAGCAAUUGAAUUUGGAUUUCCUGCAUUGAAAGAAAAGGGUUCCCCAAUCCUGGACUCUGUUCAGCCAAGUUCAAGUUUUCGGGGCCCUAAAUUUAAAGGUACAUUCCUGGAAGAGGAUGAUGAUGAUGGUGAUGACGGCGACGACGUUGAUAUGCCCAUACGCGGCACCAAAAAGGACCCAUGCGCAGAGUAUUCGCGGCUUUCUUAUGUUACAGAAAGCCCUCAAGGCUCGCGUGAUACGUCUUUCGUGGACAACAAGAGGGAUUUAAGGAUCUCACGGUCAGAGCCGUAUCCCCAGCAGCAGACCCCCAAUUCUCGGGAAAUGACGUUGAGGAUGACUCUCACAAGACCAGAUCUUCGGGGUGACUCCUGCCUUACCCCUACAACAACGACCGAACCGUUGCCUUUGACCCAUGAUAUAUCGGAGUUCUGGGAACAAGACGCGGAUGACCAAAGCGUGAUGAAAAGAAUGUGGCGCAAGUUUCGCCGACGGAAAUAUUGA